GUUUGGAGGGUUUGGACGAGAAGAACGAAUUGACGACGAGAUCGAUCGAUGCCUCGAAUUCGCUUGCAGGCAGAAAUGAAUGCGACGGAAUCACGAAGGCAGCAGUGAGCAGGAAUCAGCGGAGCUCAAUCCCUCGCUCCUUGCAGCAUUUCCGGGCGCUCCCGUGCUGUUGAUUCGAUUGCAGCCGACAUGGCGGGAGACGGGGAGGGAGGCGCUGUCGAGCUGCAGCUGGGAGCGCAGCCUUUCGAUCUCGCAUUCCAUCCAACUUCCUCGAUCGUUGCCGUCGGUGUCAUCACCGGCAGCCUCCAGCUGUUUAAGUACGAAGCUGGAGCCGAGCCUCAGAAACUGUGGACUGUGAACGCCCAUACCGAGUCAUGCAGAGGGGUUCGCUUUGCCGAGGGAGGCAGAUUCAUAUUGAGCGCUUCAGCAGAUCACUCAAUUUUAGCAACAGACCCCGAAACAGGACAGGCCGCAGCCCGACUUACGGACGCCCACGAUGCAGCAAUUAAUCGCAUUGUCAAUGCCACUGAGACGACGGUAGCAACAGGAGAUGAUGAAGGAACGAUCAAGAUUUGGGAUACACGACAAAAUUCCUGUGUUGGAACGUUUGACACUCAUGAAGAUUUUAUAGCAGAUAUGGAGUAUGUACCUGCUAGUCAUCAGUUACUUGGUGCCAGUGGAGAUGGAACUCUCUCUCUCUGCAAUCUUCGAAGAAUGAAGGUUGAUGCCCAGUCACAGUUCGCGGAGGAUGAACUCCUGUCUGUCGUGGUUGUUAAGAACGGAAGGAAGGUGGUUUGUGGGUCACAGGAGGGCAUCUUACUUAUCUACUCGUGGGGUUAUUUCGCAGAUUGCAGUGAUCGUUUUGUAGGCCAUCCGAACUCUGUCGACGCCUUGUUGAAGCUAGAUGAGGAGACGCUGAUUACGGGCUCAAGUGACGGAAUGAUCAGAGUUGUGUCUAUCCUUCCCAACAAGAUGAUUGGGGUUAUAGGAGAGCAUGCAGAUUUUCCUGUUGAGCGACUAGCGUUUUCAAGCGACAAAUCCAUCUUGGGAAGUGCAUCUCACGAUAACACUGUUAAGCUUUGGGAUGUCAAGUAUCUGCUAGAAGAAGAUGAAGGUAUUGAGGAAGAGAGGCAGGAAGCCAAUGCUGACGUGUCAGGGAGAGAUGCCGAUGCAUCAGUCCCAAAUGGCACACCAGCUCAGGCUCCCAUGGCUGUCGAUAGCGAUGAGGAAAUGGACUCUGACGAAGAUCAAGGAGCAGGAUCAAGCUCGAAGAAGAAAAAGAAGGGUAAAAAGGUUACUACCAAAAAUAAUACAUUUUUCGAUGGCCUUUUAUGACAAAAGGCAAAUUAUCCGGGGUCCUUCUGUUUCUGCAAUAAAGCUCAGAUUUAUCUUGCAGUGAAUUGCACAUUUAUUUUUCUGUUUUGUCCUCUAGCAUUUAAGGGCACACAAAUGUUGUACAAGGUGAGUAGAAAGCCCUAUCAUGCCCCCCGGUAAGAUUUCGUAGGUCUUUGAGCAAUAUUCAAUAAUCUUCUACGUUCAUAUUUAAGGAAGUCAACGGGUUUUGCUUUGGGACGACAGCUCUUCCCAGAUUCUGAGCUGUCACAAAGCAGAAAAAUAGUGGAACAGAUUGGUCUGUUGUUGAAACAAGAUGCGGAUCGACAAGUCUCAGAAUCUGCAACAUCGACAAGGAAUGUACUUCUGCUUUAUCUGUAACCUGUUUGUACAGUACAUAGGAGAAAUAUGGACUGUGGUACAACCUAGACGGUUUUUCCAGAGUCGCGUUACCAGUAACUUAAUACUCGUAACUUGUGCCCCGAAAAUGGACUAGAUGUACCGCUGCAACAUCUCAAAGCAAGCACAAAAAGUACAUUAUUUGAAGGUGAGAUCAGGAUGCCAUCAGGAACUUGCAUAACUUUCGGUUUCGAAUCAAAUUUGUAUAAAUCCUUUUGUGUUCGGUUUCUCGAGAGC